CAGAGAUGCUUCUCGAGUGAAAUUCAGCCGUCGCUGGCGUCUCUAUUUAAUGAUUCUCUCUCUCUUCGCCAUACAUAUGAAUAUUGAUAUUCAAUAUCAUUAGCAUCCAUCCAAGACGGACCGAGAUUCUCUGGAUCCCGUUGUUCUUAUUGGAUCAUUUUCUGGAUCCUCUGAAGAACAACGGACGGACGAAUUCUCUUCUUGCCCAAUCGUCCUCUUCUUUCCGGUUCGUCACCUAGCAGCAUUCUCCUGACUGCCUACGGAUUAUAACAAGCAGCUGCGAUGGCAACUAGCAUAGCCUCAGGUAGCAGCAACUUGCUCUUCAAGGAGAAUCUAUUCACUGGUCAAUGCUGUAAACAAACUUCUCGAAUCUCUGGUAUAACUUUGAGGGGUGGUCAGCAGAGGGAUGUCAUAUGGUCCUACGGUAUGUCCAGAUUCUUGCAAGUGCAGAGAUGUAACCCAUCCCAUCAUCCAGUUCAUGUGAACUCAAAGACCUUUAGGACUAUUACUGCGUCCAGCACAAGAAAUGAGUCUACGAAGUACUUCGAUUUUAUUGUGAUAGGAAGUGGUGUUGCUGGCCUUCGUUAUGCCCUCGAAGUGGCAAAACUUGGGACUGUUGCUGUAAUUACCAAGGCUGAGCCUCAUGAAAGCAACACAAACUAUGCCCAGGGUGGUGUUAGUGCUGUGUUGUGCCCUACAGAUUCAGUGGAGAAUCACAUGAGGGAUACCAUUAUAGCAGGGGCUUAUCUGUGUGAUGAGGAGACUGUCAGAGUUGUGUGCACUGAAGGUCCUGACAGGAUUAGAGAAUUGAUUGCAAUGGGUGCAUCUUUUGACCAUGGAGAGGAUGGCAACUUGCAUCUAGCAAGGGAAGGGGGACAUUCUCAUCGCAGGAUUGUCCAUGCUGCUGAUAUGACGGGGAGAGAAAUUGAAAGAGCUUUAUUAGAGGCAGUUGUGAAUGAUCCUAAUAUUCAUGUAUUCCAGCACCAUUUUGCAAUAGAUUUGCUGACAUCUCAGGAUGGUUCAGACACUGUUUGUCAUGGCGUAGACACUUUGAACACUGAAACUCAGAAGGUCAUACGGUUUAUCUCGAAGGUUAUUUUGCUUGCAUCAGGUGGGGCUGGGCAUAUAUAUCCAACAACUACAAAUCCUCUGGUAGCCACUGGUGACGGGAUUGCUAUGGCUCAUCGAGCUCAAGCUGUUAUAUCAAAUAUGGAAUUUGUUCAGUUCCAUCCAACUGCCUUAGCUGAUGAAGGGCUUCCUAUUAAACCAACAAAAGUAAGAGAGAAUGCAUUUUUAAUCACAGAAGCAGUCAGGGGAGAUGGGGGCAUCCUUUAUAACAUGGGAAUGGAAAGAUUCAUGCCAUUAUACGACGAAAGGGCAGAACUUGCUCCAAGAGAUGUAGUAGCUAGAAGUAUAGACAACGAACUCAAGAAACGCAACGAAAAGUACGUGCUUCUAGACAUAAGCCACAAGCCUAGAGAAAAAAUACUGUCACACUUCCCCAACAUAGCUGCAGAAUGUCUAAAGUAUGGCCUGGAUAUAACCCGACAACCGAUACCAGUAGUUCCUGCAGCCCAUUACAUGUGCGGUGGAGUUCGAGCCGGGUUACAAGGAGAAACAAACGUACGUGGUCUAUACGUAGCAGGUGAGGUUGCAUGCACUGGAUUACACGGAGCUAAUAGAUUAGCCAGUAAUUCCUUAUUAGAAGCUUUAGUUUUCGCUAGAAGAGCUGUUCAACCUUCGAUAGAGCACAUGAAACAGCAGUCAAGCAGUCUUGAGAAAGGGUGUUCUGAAUCAUGGGCGCGGCCCCUUGGAAUGGAGACGGCAGAGAAGAUAAUAAAAGGGACGAAGGAAGUGAGGAAGGAAUUGCAAUCGAUAAUGUGGGAGUACGUUGGAAUUGUUCGAUCAACUACGAGGUUAGAAAUGGCGGAAAAGGAGAUUGGUGAUUUGGAGUUGAAUUGGGAGGCGUUUCUUUUUCAGCAAGGAUGGGAUCCUAGUAUGGUUUCUCUUGAAGCAUGCGAAUUGAGGAACCUUUUCUGUUGUGCUAAAUUGGUUGUUAGCAGUGCUCUGGCUAGACAUGAGAGUCGUGGGCUUCAUUAUAUUGUUGAUUUUCCGAAUGUUGUUGAAAGUAAAAGGCUGCCGACUAUUAUCUUUCCUUGCUCAGCCAUGAAUGGAACCUGGAGCUCACGCCAAUUGCAUCAGCAGGUUCUUUUCUAAUUAUAUAUUUGAAAUCUGGUUUUACUGUCUUGUCUGUCUGUCUACGGAUUUAUUUAUCCCUUUGCUGCUCUGCUCAUUUUUAUGUAUGAUAAAUUAUUAAUAGGUAAUGAUUUUUAAUUUUUUAUCUGACUACGGGGAAUUUAGGGGAUAAUAUAGUUAAAUAUCAAAGUGUAGCAUUGGUUAAUUAUAUAUACCUUAAACAUUAUUAUUACUAUUUAUUAUUAUUGUUAUUUUUAUAUGUCCCAAGAAGUUUGGAAGGAUUUUGACUUUGGAAGAUAUGAUUUAUAAUAGUGUGAUUCUUUUUUCUUUA